CAAUCAGAUAACCACCGGAAAACCUGUCGUGUUAGCUUUGCUUGUUCUCUAUGUAUGUUUUUCAGCCUUCAUUCAUCAACGACGAUUCCAAAAGAUAAUUACCCACCACGAUUUUACUGUAGCCUAGAAGAAAACCACAGCAAAACCGCUUCAGCUCGUGUUAGACUUUUUGCAGUUUAACAACGAUGGAAUGCACAAUCAAAUUACUCGGUAUGGAAUCUUUGACGGGCGCACGUGGACGAAGUGUACCUGUACAGCAACAUACAUCGCGUUAUCAGUGACGCUAAUGACCCUUAAUUACUGUAAUUGAUAAGUCUGCUCCGUUGUUGUUGUGUGCUGCAGCUGGCCUUGUGCAAUAACCGGCGCAUGCAUGCAAACACCGCAGUUCGGCAUCUGUGAAUUUUGAUUACGCCGAUAUGUUGACCAUCAUAUCGGCAACCCAGGAAGAAUGAAAUUACUGCGCACUCAUGGAAAUAAUUCCGCGUAUUACGGGAUGCCUUAUCACACUUAUCAGCUGUAGCAUGCUAAAUUGUGCAGCGUCACAUCAGCGCCAGUUGAGCAAUUUAAGAACGGUAUCUGUUAAUGGCAUACUUUGGAUUCCUUCCUCACAAAGUUCACUGCCGAUUUUUCUAUGCAAAAUUAUUAUUUUUUUAUUUUUGCUUGAACUCGUUUCUUUAUCGUUUAUGUUUGCUCAAAGUUUUGUUGAUCGAUUUGCGGAUUUCGCUGUGAUAUUUUGCUAUCAGUUAUCAUGCUAAUUUCAAAGGAUUCAGACAGGGCGACCGAAACCCAGGUCCACUCCGACGAGGAGGACGAAGUGGGUUACGAGCGCCAUGAUCAUGCGGCGCCGACUAUUUAUAAACCGCAUCAACAAGAAAAUGGCUAUCCUGACGUGCACCAGCCGCAUUUCCCCAAUGGACACACGCCAGCCGAUUUAGUAGUGGCGGAUGUUCAUGAUCCACAGGAUACCGGUGAGCGGUGCGGGAUCGCCUGCUGCAAGCCGGACUUCCUGCAACCGCUAAAGAACAUGAAAGUGUUCUUGGUGUGCUUCGUUAUUGCCGGUAUCGCGCAAGGAAUGUUUUACACAUACUGGAACAUGUCCUUGUCUACCAUUGAAAAGCGCUUCCAAAUCCCCAGCAAGACCACCGGCAUCAUCGCUGCUAUCAAUGACGUUAGCCACAUCGCGGUGGUGCUCUUCGUAGCACACUUCUGCGGACGCGGCCACCGCCCGCGGUGGAUGUUUGUUGGAUGUCUGACUGUGGGCAUCGCCGUGCUUAUCUUCGCCACGCCGGAGUUGUUCGCUGACCGCUGGGACGCCGACACGUCGACGAUAGUGUCGUCCAAUUCCACGGGGAAUAAAACGUUCGACAAGGAGAUGUGUCUGUCAACGGCACAGGCCAAGCAGAUUGCUGACCAGUGCAUCGCCGAUGCGCCCAAUGAGGUGAAUAAAAACGCUUGGACGUUUGUGCUGUUGGGCCUCGCGCAGGUCAUCCUGGGUAUCGGAACCACGGCACCCAUUGUAUUGGCAAUGCCGUUCAUUGACGAUAACGUCAAAACGAAAAAUACACCUAUAUAUUUCGCUUUGGGAAUGACUGGACGAUUGUUUGGGCCACUUAUCGGGGUGUUUCUGGGGUCAUUUUGUCUAUCAACAUACAUCGAUUUGUCAAAAAAACCAAAUAUACCCCAGACGGAUCCACGAUGGAUGGGCGCUUGGUAUCUUGGCUUUCUCAUUACGGGAACGAUAAUCUGCUGCGUCUCGACGCUGUACCUGUUUUUCCCGGCUAAAGUGCCUGAUUCCAAUCCCCCAUCUAAGAAAGCUGACAAAGGCAAAGCUGAGAAAUUACAACUCACGGAAAAAGUGGCCUACAAACCGGUGGUAACCAACACCAAAGCUCCGGCCAAGAAACAAGAAAGCCUGAAAGAAAUGUUUGCCGCCAUUCCGCGUGAUCUCAAACGCCUCCUUGUCAACAAAAUAUUCAUGUGUCGCGUUGUGAAUGAUUGCAUUGACAUGCUGGUCGUAUCAGGUUAUUUCAGUUUCGCACCGAAAUACCUGGAGUACCACUUCGGUGUGUCGCCAGCAGAUGCCGGUAAGGCCAAAGGUCUGACCAGUAUCUUAGCGGUGACCUGCGGCGCUUUUAUCGGCGGAUUCGUUAUCCGCCGUCUGAAACUGCAGCCAAAGCACGUCGCGUUGUUGAUCUGUUUUUCCUCCUUUAUGAUCUCCAUAUGCUACUUUUUCCUGAUGCUGGUCAGCUGUGAUAGGCGAAAUCUGUACAGCAGUCCCGGUGUUGACUCGAUGCUGAUUGUCAAUACGCAGUGCUCCAACAACUGCUAUUGUGAUGGACGACCUUUUUCGCCAGUAUGCCAUGAAGAGACCGGUAUCAGCUAUUACUCGCCUUGCCACGCCGGCUGUUCGGAGGUCUUCGUACGAGACAAAGUUAAAUACUAUACAAAAUGUUCGUGCUUGGCCAAUUCUGACUGGAAAUACCCUGAACCGCUGGACGGCAUGACACCCACACAGUUCGCUUUUAUUACGGCCAUAACCAACCCUCCCAAGAGCCUUCUAAGCGAAAGCUACGCGGAAACCGGCGUUAUAAGAAAUGACACGGUGAAGCGCGGAUGGUGCGAAAACAACGCCUGCCGCACCGGCUUCUGGAUCUACCUGAUUAUCGGCACAAGUUUCAAAUUUAUUGGAUCCUUUCCGUUCUCCGGCAACCAGAUGCUGUCUUUCCGAAUUGUGGAUCCGGAUCUGAAAUCGCUGUCGAAAGCAGUGAGGACGUUGAUGGCGUCUUUAUUCGCCUUCAUUCCCGGUCCGAUUAUUAUGGGUGCUGUGAUUGAUUCGGCAUGCCGGUUGUGGAAUACACAGACCUGCGGUGCGAAGGGUGCCUGUUUGAUUUAUGAUCUGGACAGUCUCCGCGUGAAGAUGCAUUUGAUUGUCGCUAUUGUGAAAACAAUUGCCUGUGUUAUGGACUUUUAUGUGUAUUACAAAGUGCGAAAUAUGAAAUUCGAGAGGGACCCCGUAGCAGCUGCCGAACCGGCUGAAGAACUAGCCGGUCCGAAAGGUGACAUCAGCGGGAGUGUCAAAGACUUAACGGCCAAUCACUAAGAACUCACGUGAAUUUUAUUUCGUUGCACCAUUCUGUCGAUACGAAAUACACUUUCACAUCCAAGAUUGUUAUGUAAAUACCCUAUUUAUUUAUGCACAUUUUUAUAAAAAUCACAGUGAUUCACAAUAAAGUCCCAUGCUUG